UAAUUUAUUUGGAAAAAGAUGUUGGCUGAUAUUGCACGUCGACAAAAUCGUUCAGUGAUUGGCUCGCUAGCUACGUCUGAAUUUAUGCGUAUGAUGGUAAACAUCUGAGCGUGCGCUUGCGUACUGGUAGUAAUGGAGGACAGGUCCUUCUCUUCGGGGUAAAAUCGGAAUUACUAUUGAUAUCAAGACAACAACUGCCCAAUAAUUAUCGGUUGAAGCUAUUUAACAUUGUUGGGCCAUUCUAUUUAGGAUGGCGUCCGAUUCGGGGCCUCAGGCUCCCGGCUCCAAAGGGAUCAUGACCUUUCACCCCACUACUGAGGAGUUCCAGAACUUCAGCCGCUACAUUGCCUACAUGGAGUCCCAGGGAGCACACAAAGCCGGGCUGGCUAAAAUCGUGCCACCGAAGGAUUGGAAACCCAGGAAGUCCUAUGACGAUAUAGAUGACCUGGUGAUCCCAGCUCCUAUCCAGCAGGUAGUGACGGGCCAGUCAGGUCUGUUCACCCAGUACAACAUCCAGAAGAAGCCCAUGACCGUCCGAGAGUUCCGCAAGACGGCCAACAGCGACAAGUUCUGCAGUCCUCGCUAUACCGACUUUGAAGAGCUGGAGAGGAAGUACUGGAAGAACGUAACCUUUAACCCGCCCAUCUACGGGGCUGAUGUAAACGGAACGCUCUAUGACCCCGAUGUGACUGAUUGGAACAUCGGCAAACUGAACACCAUCCUGGACACGGUGGAGUACGAGAGUGGCAUCACCAUCGAGGGGGUGAACACGCCCUACCUGUACUUUGGCAUGUGGAAGACCACCUUCGCCUGGCACACCGAAGACAUGGAUCUCUACAGUAUCAACUACCUCCACUUUGGAGCGCCCAAGUCCUGGUACUGCGUUCCUCCAGAGCAUGGGAAAAGAAUGGAGCGCUUGGCUCAAGGUUUUUUCCCUGGAAGCCACCAAAAUUGCGAAGCCUUCCUGAGGCACAAGAUGACCCUCAUCUCUCCCUCCAUAUUGAGGAAAUAUGGCAUUCCAUUUGAGAAGAUCACUCAGGAGCCAGGUGAAUUUAUGGUGACGUUUCCCUAUAGCUACCAUGCCGGCUUUAACCACGGCUAUAACUGUGCAGAGUCCACUAACUUUGCCACUGAAAGAUGGAUUGAGUAUGGAAAGCAAGCCAUACUGUGUUCGUGCAGGAAGGACAUGGUGAAGAUCUCCAUGGACCUGUUUGUGAAGAAGUACCAGCCGGAACGCUACGAGCAGUGGCUGGCAGGUCAGGACACGGGGUCCAUUGACCACUCACGACCCACCCCAGAGGCCAAGGAGUUCCUGGGGGAGGAGGAGGGGAAGGACUCCAUCUCCCAUGAGCCAUGUGUGGAUGAGCUCAACACGGAGGGGGAGAGAAAGAGCCCCACACAGAGGAUAGGGACCAAGAGGCACCGAGUGUGUCUGGAUGUACCUGAUGAGGUGGUCCCUAAAGAUGAAGAAGAGGAGUAUGGAAAGAAAGCCAGACUAGGCCUCACCACUCAGGGCACGGGAGCAGAGGAGUGCAAAGAUACAGUCACCUUGAGGGACCUCCCUAAUGUAAAGACGGACCCAAUGCAGGGUAACAGCAGCAGAAGCCCUACUCCGCAAAAAGUCACCAUCCCCUCCACCAGCAAUCAUGCGGCGGCCAUUUUGGCUCAACCCCAGUCGCACAGAAACGGGCACCUUCCAGUCGUGGCUCCUCCAGCCAGGACUGGCCCCUCCACCCAGCCGAUCAGAAAGCUAGGGGUGGCCAGCCUGCUCUUUCAUAAGACCCAGAGCCCUAAGGAGGCCCUGCAGGUCCAUAGCUACGCUCGUGAGAACCAGCAGCAGAUUCACCACACCCACCUCCAUGUGCACAGUUAUGCCAGGGAGCACCUGCCACGGCACCUCCAACCCCACCUCCAACUCAAGGCCAAGCCCCAGGCCCAAGUCAAGGCCGAGCAGCAGGAGUCCCACGUCCCAUCUACCAAAGGAGAGCAGAACCAGGCCGACGCACAGAUUCCCUAUAAGGAAGAACCGGUUGAAACCAAAGCCCAGACCCAAGGCCUCGGUAAGUGGCGGCAGCAUCCUGGCGAGGCCCAGGCUUGGGAGGAGAGGUCUGAAGCCAGGUCCCCUAGCAGUCCAGAGCCUGUCCAGACCCAAGCACACACCAGGACAGCCAAGAGGGUCAAGGCGGAGGUCCGAAGGGACAGGCGGAAGCAAUGUCUUUCCCCUGUGCAGGCGGAUGUAACUUUAAUGAAGCAGACAAAUGUACGUCCAAGUAAGCCGACGAUCUUACGUCCAAGUAAGCUGACAAACUUAAGUCCAAGUAAGCAGACGGACUCAAGUUCAAUUAAGCAGACGGACUCAAGUUCAAUUAAGCAGACGGAUUCCAGUCAGAGUAAGCAGACGGAUUCCAGUCAGAGUAAGCAGACGGAUUCCAGUCAGAGUAAGCAGACGGAUUCCAGUCAGAGUAAGCAGACGGAUUCCAGUCAGAGUAAGCAGACGGAUUCCAGUCAGAGUAAGCAGACGGAUUCCAGUCAGAGUAAGCAGACGGAUUCCAGUCAGAGUAAGCAGACGGAUUCCAGUCAGAGUAAGCAGACGGAUUCCAGUCAGAGUAAGCAGACGGAUUCCAGUCAGAGUAAGCAGACGGCAUCCAAGGGCAUCAAGAGCAAACCGCAUCCUCUCCUCCGCAAGCUGCCCAAACAGCACCCACUACUCAGGCCCAGGGAAAGCUCCAGUGAUGAUGAUGAGCUGUAUGUGAAUAUGGAGGAUGAACCAGAGGAGGAGAAGGAGGAGUGGGCCAAGCCCCUGGCCCAGCUGUGGCAGAGUAGACCCUACAACCCCCAGGCGGAGAGGGAAUACAACCAACUCAUGGGCCUGCAGGCCCCGUACUGCUCCAUCUGCCUGCUUUUCCACACAUAUGACCAGUCGGAGUCUAGCGGCAACCCCAGCUACACUCUAAAAGGCCGGCGAGGGGGCAGACAGAGGUCCAAGCCCCUGAUCCCGGAGAUGUGUUUCAGCACCACCAAUGACAAGUCCAACAACAGCAGCGACAGCGGCGUGGGCCAACUUUCCACCCCUCACCUGGAGGAGGACGGUACCAGCCUCCUGGUCAGCUGCUCCCAGUGCUGUGUCCGCGUUCACGCCAGUUGCUAUGGAGUUUCUGCAGACCAAGUGUCAGAUGAGUGGAUGUGUGCCCGCUGUGAGGCCAAUGCUUUAACUGAGUCAUCUGUGUGUCUUUCUCUCCCUCAGGACUGCUGCCUGUGUUCACUGCGAGGGGGAGCUCUACAGAGAGCCAACAACGACAAGUGGGUGCACGUGCUGUGUGCGCUCGCGGUCCUGGAGGCGCGCUUCGUGAACAUCACCCACCGCAAUCCCGUGGACCUCAGCUACAUCCCUCUGGCCAGGUUCCAACUGAAGUGUUUCUACUGUAAGCGGCGGGUGAAGAGGGAUGUGGGCUGUUGUGUGCAGUGUUCCCAUGGCCGCUGCACCACCGCCGUCCACCCCACCUGCGCCCAGGCUGCUGGCCAGCUCAUGCAGCCUGACGACUGGCCCUUCAUCGUCCACGUCACCUGCUACAGGCAUAAGUCACCCGUCCUGCCGGAGCGCAAUAAGGCGGCCAUGCGAGAGCUAGAGGUGGGCCAGAAUGUUAUUUGUAAGCACAAAAACGGCCGCUACUACCAGUGUGAGGUGCUGGAGCUGACCAUCGCCACCUUCUACGAGGUCGUCUUCGACGACGGCUCCUACAGCGACAACCUCUUCCCAGAGGACAUUGAGAAUCGGGACUGCGUGAAGCUGGGCCCGCCAACAGUGGGCGACGUAGUGCAGGUGCGCUGGACCGACAACCUGCUUUACGGGGCCAAGUUUGUCGCGUCGCACUCCAUCCCAAUGUACCAGAUGGAGUUUGAGGACGGGUCGUCGCUGUCUGCCAAGAGGGAAGAAGUCUACAGUCUAGACGAGGAGCUGCCCAAACGAGUCAAGUCCCGACUGUCCAAGGCGUCAGACAUGCGCUUCGACGGGAUCUUCACAGAGAAGGAGGUGAAGCAGGGCUCCAAAAGACAGCGAGUCAUCAACUCCCGUUACAGAGAGGACUAUAUCGAGCCUCUCAUAUACAGAGCUAUCAUGGAAUAACCCUCUUUCUCUACUUCCUUAUAAACUCACCACACUCCCAGAGAGUGGGGUAUAUCUGGGCACCCACAGCCUUGACAAGUGGCUCCAACCCUGGGUACCAGUACGAACAAACUCUCCCAUGUCCCUCGGGCAUUUUUGUAAACCACGGCUGGGACUUUAACGGAGUUACUGCUCUUUAUGACCCCCCCCCCAUUUCUGUGAAUGUUAUCUUUAUCCUCUUUCGCUGAAAUAGUUGGAAUUGGAACUACCCAUUAAACUGGAACCGCAGGUUUAUAUAUAUAUAUAUAUUUUUUUUUUUUACAUCUAUAUAUGUAUGUAUGUAGAUGUAAAAAAAUAUAUAUAGAACUCUAGAAUUUCAGUUCUGCAUUAUCUCCUGCACUUUUUGGACAAUUUGUUUCUCCUCUGAACUCAAGGUGGCAUUUUAACCUCUAGCUUUACCCAUCCAAAAGCAUUAAUUGGACGAUGAAAACAAUGGUUUUUCACAAUGCAGGCCAUUAUUCAAUCCGAUUUUCAGUAACAUGCUGUUGACUGAUUUUAUUUUUAAUCCCCAAACAUGUUUUGCUUUAUACUCUUUGCAAUACAUACAUUUAUGGACUUCAUAGGAAUGUGCAGGAAUGAUAGUGUCUACUGUGACAAUAGGAAUAUAGAAGUUAGUAGCCCAAGCCUUAAGUUCAAAGGGCAGUGUUUUCUUGUUAAGUUUAGCUUUACAACUUUAAAGCUUAGGAUUUAUUGCAUUUAAUUUAUGUAAGUUGUAUGAGUUUGAGAACGCAACUGUUUGAUACCACAGCUCACUGUGCUUACAAUCUCAGAAAAUCCCCAAGAUGAUGUAUUUAUUUGUUAUGUGGAUAGGUUUUUGGACGCACGUUGGUUCUCAAUUCUUGUUAUUGUUUUUUUUUUUUUUCUAAGCCAUCCUGGGUUGCAUUGGUAGUGUGUGUGUAUAUAUGCCAUAGAGAAUGAAAGAGAGCUUCCCUACAUAGUUCCCAUUAUGACGUCUUAGAUUGCCUCAAUGGUGUUCCCCGUGCAAUCUCCAUUUUCCAGUAGUACAUUUUCUUCACGAUUGGCUGAUCCCUCCUGAUGACCUGGCUGGACAUGACUCCAACAGGUUCACCAGGAGGAAUCAGACAAUGAAGUUGGAAGUCCCACUCAGUUCAAUACAUUUUAGUGAGGCCCAUGUUAAAAUAGCUUUUUUGGCCGCUAGAGGCCUCCGUCAUUCUCUAUAGUAUAUGCCAACAUGGGUUAACUUCCUACUCCUGCAGAAAAAAGCACUUAAUUCUCUCCCUAAAGUACCCAUGGCACGUCUAUCAUUGCUUAUGCAGGUGGCCGUUAAGUUCAGGUACAUAACUGAGCAUGUGCAGAAAUGUUAGUGUUGGUCAAUUACAGCCUAGGUGUAUACUAGUUGGUUUGUGGUCCUAUCACAACCAGUGAGACAACUACAGAAAGUUUUUAUAGGAAAAAUAUAUUUUCAUAUCAUUAGAAGAAUGUUCUUCCUCCUAAUGCUUUGUCAAAGUUCCUUGUUGACAUAAAUCGUGACCAUCUUUGGAUAGUAUUGUAUAUGUAGCUAAUUUAAAGCUGUAAAGUCUAUCUCAGGAGGACACACACACACACCCCCCCCUCCACCUCUUGAGCCGCACCGCCGAUUUACGUUUUGUUUCCAUGGCUACUGUUUGAAGCGCUUGGAUUGAUUUGGUAUGUACACGGGAAGCGUCAACUCUGUGCAUUACAUUUGUAAACAUCAACUGUUGCAGUAAAGACCGGACUGAGAAAAGCUCA